AUCCCAGCAAGUUUGCACAAGUUGCGAGUGCGAGUUGCGAGCUGCGAGCUGCUUGCUGACACCCUUCUUCUCCCCAGAGGCAAUUUUGCCAGUCAGUGGGAAGCGCGACGGUAUGUGUCGCAGUCCACUCCAACGUCGGUUUACUCAAGAAGACGUAACUGAGCGUCAAAUCUGUGCGCAAUUGUAGGGCGACGAUGUCAUAUUCCUGCCUUCGAUAGUCGAGGCUGCCGUCGCGUCUCCCGCCGCCGCCGCCGAAUGCGCCCGCCUGAUCCGCAAGUACAUGACGCGCGACUACUGGACGAAGCCGCAAUGUCAGUACAACGCCAUCAUGUUGAUCCGCAUCCUGACGGACAAUCCUGGGCCGGGAUUUACGCGGAAUCUUGACAAGAAGUUUGUCGACACCACCAAGGAGCUGCUUAGGUCAGGGCGCGAUGCAAGCGUGCGCCAAAUACUAAUGGAAACGCUGGACGCAUUCGAGAACACAAAGAGCCAAGACGAAGGGCUCAAGUUGAUGAUAGAAAUGUGGAAGAAGGAGAAAGAAAAGGCCUACAAGGCCUAUGGGGGAAUAGUUCCCGUGGCACCAGUUGCCGGGACGUGGCCGGCGCCAGCCUUCCAUCCUAACCAAUUCCAACAAUUCCAAGCUCCUAUUCCUCACCGAGGGACUAGAGGGACUACUCAGAGCAGCAGACGCCUCCCCGACCCGGUCGAGCUGGCCAACCGGUUGGAAGAAGCUCGCACCUCCGCCAAGCUUCUCGAGCAGGUCCUGGCGUCCACCCCUCCCUCAGAAGUCCUUUCCAACGAGCUAGUCAAGGAAUUCUCCGACAGGUGUUCGAGCGCGUCACGUAGCAUCCAAGGCUACAUGACAGCCGAAAACCCCUCUCCCGACAACGACACGAUGGAGAGCCUCAUCGACACCAACGAGCAGCUCCAGCAGGCCCUGAACCAUCACCACAGAGCCGUCCUGCAGGCCAGGAAGCAACUGGGCAUGACGAGCGACAGCAGGUCGAGCAGCUCCAACCACAGGACCUCCCAGCAACGCCAGCCAACACAACCUUCCCUGAACCGGCCCGUACCCCCUAUCCCGAGCAGCGAGCAGGCUGGCUUUCGCCAAGGGACUAGCAGCAGCAACGGCAACGGGAAAGGCAAAGCCGCCCUCGACCCGUACCACAGCAGCAGUGGGCCCGCCGCCGCCAUUGCGGGCCCAUCCCGCUCAGCGAGUGCGACGCCGCAUCGCGACCACGACCGGGCGGGCCGCGAUACCGACGACGACGACGACGACAACCAGGACCCUUUCAGGGAUCCGCCCAACGUCUCUUCAUCAUCCAGGGGCGCAGGUGGUGACGACGACGGCCCACCGCGGCUGUCAUUCGAGCCGUACCAUCCCGGCUUCACGGGCGCGUCGUCGUCCACAGCGCAACCUAGAGCCGAGCCCGUAACGCCCGUCUCGGACGACGGCGAAUCGGAUAGGUAUGCGGCCACGCCGAAGAGGGCGGACGGCGGCUCUGGGCAGGGGCAUGUGUAUCGGUAUUAGGGGAUCAUGGGGGUAUUUUUGUUUCUUGGUUGUUCUGCGGUUGCCUGUUUACAUGGCCCGUUGGUCAUAUCAGGUUUUCUUGGAAGCGGUUGGACCUGAGGAAUUUACCCAUCCUCUUCUUGGGCUUCUCAUUAUUUUCCUCCUCUCGAAGCUAGCCCCUACCCUC